AUGGAAUACCCCCUCUAUCCCGCCUUUCGCUCUGCCUCCCUGCCGAACCAUACCUCACUCACCCUUUCCACGACGCCUGACCUCAGCGCAUUCCGUCGCGACUCGGACUACAUGCUCAGCGACGGACCGAUCACUCCGCCUCUAUCCCCCGGACGAAGUGACGAGGGAGAGGCCAUCAUCGUAGACUCGGAGCCGCGGUAUUCCGGGCCCGAUGGCCAGCUACAGCCUUCGUUACCCCACCCGCACCUUCGCGACAUAGAGACGGCCCGGCGUGGGCGCCGGAGUCACCAGCAGGAGGGAAUGGACGUCGACACGCGGGCAUUAGCUAGCUCUCCACGUCCGCCACAGCGCCACCUAGAGGACGAGCCAUCGCAUUUAGAGAAGGGCACGCUGAAGUUGACGGACUUCGAAGUCAAGGGCACGCUUGGCACUGGGACAUUUGCGCGUGUUCUUCUUGUGCGGCUUCGAGCCUCUUCUGGCCAGAGCAGCACAUCAAAUUGCUUUGCCUUGAAGGUGCUUCGCAAGACCGAGGUCGUUCGCCUCCGACAGGUGGAGCAUGUGAAUGGCGAACGGUACAUCUUGUCACGCGUACGCCACCCCUUCAUUGUCGACCUCUAUGCUACCUUCCAGGACAGCCUCAACGUCUAUAUGCUGAUGUCCUACGUCCCGGGGGGAGAGCUUUUCACGCACUUGCGUCGUGCCAAACGCUUCACCGCGGACGUCACCCGUUUCUAUCUCGCCACGAUCGUACUCGCUCUCAAGUACCUUCACUCCUUCAACAUCAUCUACCGUGACCUGAAGCCUGAGAAUCUACUUUUGGACUCCCGCGGCUACCUCCGCCUGACCGACUUUGGUUUCGCGAAAAUUGUAGACGACCGUACGUGGACGUUAUGCGGGACGCCGGAAUAUCUCGCCCCAGAAAUUAUUCAGUCGGAUGGUCACGGUAAGGCAGCCGAUUGGUGGGCCUGCGGUAUCCUCUGCUAUGAGAUGAUCGUCGGCUACCCACCCUUCUUCGACGAGACCGCGUACGGGAUAUAUGAAAAAAUCCUCAAGGGCAAAAUUCACUGGCCGAGGGAGGUCGACCCGCUAUCCAAAGACAUUAUCAAGGGUUUCUUGCAUCCGGACAGAAGCAAGCGGCUCGGCAAUCUCAUCGGAGGCUCGCAGGACGUCUUGGACCACCCCUGGUUCCGCGGCGUAGACUGGGAUGCGCUUGAGCGUCGUGAAAUCAGAGCACCUAUCGUCCCCCACGUCGCCUCAGUUGACGAUACGCGUAACUUCUCGCACCUCCCUCUUCCCCCUCCUGACGAGAUACCUGGUCUCAUCCGUGAAGAACGCCCGCCCUCGAUUCAGCAGCGGUUCGACUCCGUCGCGUACCAGUUCCUCGAGUUCUGAGUCCACGUUCCGUCCAUUGUCGGUCGCCCAGGUGGCAUCCGAAGGUGUCAAGGCUACCGCGUUUCCUCUGGUAUGGGCUUGGGAUGCUCUCAAUCACAACUGCCCCGUCAUCUUUCUCUACACUCUCCUUUCCUGGACUACUCGUCUUGCGCCCUCUCGCUCUCCGCGUCUAUUCGUUCUUUCAUAUGGUACUUCUUCCUGGGGUCUGGUGCUCGUAUCACUAUAUCUAUACUCUGAUUUGCCUGUCAGACCGCGUUAGGAGUCGGACUACCCACUGUACUCGCAGCCGUCAUCAUACCCCGCUCCUGAGUUGUAGUAUCAUUUUGUUCUCGACAUCCGUACCUGUCUUUGUAUGAUUCUCGUGGGUCCCUGCGCCGUCUCUCGUUUCUCGAGGUCGAAGGGACCGCUAAUUCGUCCUGCCCCCUCCCACGCUCCUUACUGCUGUCUCUUGUCUGCGCGAUUCGUGUAUAUUGCUCCCGAUCCCGGUCUCGAAGUACUGUAUCCAGGUUUAUUGCUGUAUCAUAUUUUAGAUUUGCC